AUGCAGAAAGAGAAUAUAGGGGCCUGUGAGUGUUAUCAUCAUUCUGCACAAGAGUUUCUAUACACUGAAGAGUAUGACAGGAGAGUUAAAGGUCGUAGUAACAACAGUACAGCAAAAUAUCAUAAUGGAUCUAAAAAGCAUAUUAGCUAUCUCAAUUAUGACUAUGAGUGCAGUACAUCCUCUCAUUCAGUAGAGUCCUAUAACACACCGCCUCCUGCUCAUAGCGAAAGUGACUGCUCUAACUGUCCCUUAAGCGAAUCAAAUGAACAAUGUCGACGAUCCCCUGAGAUUCUGUUAUGUGACUGCGAACCUGUGAAGAGUAUCUUGGCGUGUGGGAUCAUGGAAUUUUUGGAAGGAGUUGAUUCAGAAUUUGAGAAAAUAUUAGAGCGUUGGCUGGAUGGUGAUUCAGUAACACACAUUCCUUCAGUUAGAAAAAAGGGAAGCUUCGGCAAAUCAAUACACUAUAUUCAGAAGCAUAAGAUACUCUUCCCUUUAGUCUCCUUACUCGUAGUUCUUCUUGUACUUAUGACAUGA